AUGGCGUCAUCCGGUCUCGGGAGAGGUUCCAUCAUCCUGGCCUUUUGUCUGCUUCUGGUGCUUUUGCCAGGUCGCGCCGCCGCCUUUGGCGCGGGCAACAUCCCCUCCAUUGCUCAGGUCGAGGGUCACAACUGGCGUCAUGGAGAUAUCGAGGAUAUGCUCAAGACUAUCGCUUUCUUGCACGGCAAGAAGUGGACCUCCAUGCUGGUGUCUCGUGUCUACUUUGGAAACUGGCUUCGCGACUACUCUCAGGCCGUCGAUGUCGGCAGCUUGAAGGGAGUGAACGCUCCCACCAUUAGAAUCCUGGUUUGGGUUCUUUCAUUCAUGGCCUUCGGCUAUGCGACGGAAGAGUUCGAGGUAACCGAGGAGCGCCUGGGCGUCUACCGUCCUGAAGAGCACAUUGACAACCCCCUGGGUUACGCCGAUGGCAUGGACGCGCGCAAGUUUGACCCUCGCCUCCGUGGUCCCGUCGACCCUGUCGAAACUCAGAUCGACCCCCGCACUGGCAUGAAAAACUACAUUGCCAAUGAAUCUGGCGGCUGGGCGACCAGCGCUGGCUACUUGCGCUUCAGCUUCGCCCGCAGCAUUCACUUCGGCCGGGUCUACACGAGCGGUUCGCAUGGCUCAGGAAAGGAGACCGACCUUUGCGAGGCACUGCGAUGUCUCGGGCAGGCCCUCCACUGCAUGGAGGACUUCAGCGCGCACAGCAACUACUGUGAGCUUGCUCUGCGAGAACUGGGCUACCACGAGGUCUACCCCCACUGCGGUGCUGCCACCGAGAUCAACCUCAAUGGACGCCGAGUCUUCCCCUCGUCACCGGGACAUUCGGUGCUGUCGAUUUCCUGCACUCUGUUCUCGUCCGAGGUGGACGAAAUGAACGUCGCUCUCAAGAACGCCGAGGGAAUGACCUCCAACAUCACUGGUGGCAGCACUGGGUCUCGUGGCUUUCUGGGGCUUGGCUCCUCGAAGCCGACCGACUUCAUUUCUCUUAUCGGUCAGCUCCCUGGCAUUGGCGGCGACCUGGCCAGUCAGGCUCGCGAUUUACAAACCAGCUCGGCUGCACAGGAGCAGCAAAACACUCGCUCAGGCGGUGACCUCAGCCGUGGAGACCUCAGCCGCGACAGCGCAAACCAGGUACCCGGCAUGAGCACCAGCUUUGACCCUGUCGAGACUGCCCGGAAGAUCUACCCGAUCUUGCAGUUCCGAGACAAGAUUGUCAAGUCCAUCAGCAAUCUCAUCUCAAAGAUUCCUGGCUUGGAGAAGCUCUUGGACCACAUCAGUGAGACCCUGACUGCGUUCAUUCUGGGUCUGCUGGCGCCGUUUGUCAGGCCCAUCAUCACCCAGGUCUCCAAGGUCCUUAAGGAUGGUUCCUCGACUGUCAUCACUGCCAGCUCCAACUCUCAGCUGGAGCCCUGGAAAAACCCCAGUUGUGAUGAUCCCACCCACUCUAUGCUGUCCAAAGAUCACUUCACCAACAUCUUGAACUCGUGCGCGGGCAGAGUUGCUGCGACGGUUCUGCAAUAUGUAGUCCCGCGCAUUCUCUACGCUUGGGAGAACCCCGGAGUGCCCGUCGAUGAGGUCGUCAAUGACGUCCUCCGUGCUUUCCACCACCCGGCAGCCCGCGACGACAGAAUUCAGAUUCAGCGGGACAUGUUCGAGACGGUCCGCAAGUGGGUAAACGAGAGUUCCCAUAAGCACGAGCUGUCUCACCUGCUCUCGUCCGAGUCGGUCAAGGCUGGCAAGAACCAUAUUCUUACUGGCGGCGACGGCACGAAGAGUGUUGGUGGCCCCGGUCACACCCACUCCCACGGAGCCUUUGACGGCUUCGGUGAGCUGGGACAUGGCAAGGUGCAGGGUUCGCUUUGGAACCAGAUUCGCACGCGUGAUCUGAGCUCCAUGGAGGGCGAUGACACGAAGCCUCUGUCCAGCUCUCCGCUCCCUCCGUCGCGGCCGGAUUACGGAUACAACGACAGCCAGGGAGGAAGCAGCCACCACUACCCGGCCUCCCAAUCCCAAGGCCAGGCCUCAAGCUACUACAGCCAGCCCGAACCACAAGGCUAUGGCCACCAACCCCCUCCUCCGCCCGGCGGUCAAUGGGGCCCUCCGCAGCCCCCGCAAGGUUACGGCGGACCCGGCUAUGGUGGUCCUGGAUACGGCGGACCGCCGCAACCCCAGUACCCCCCUCACCACCAGCAACCGCCCCAUCCUCAUCACCAGCAGGGCGGCUGGGGCCAGUACCCAGGCCAGCACCGCUACUAG